GUCGCGUGCGAUGAAGCUGAAGACGGGCAGCCAUGCAGCGACGCAGCACUGACGGCACCUUCUACAGCGCGGAGCCCUCGCGCAAGUCCAGGGGCGACUUCUACGACGACUCCGACUGCGAAGUCGUCGACGACAGGCGCGAACGCGAGAACAAAACCAAACCGCGUCGGGGUGACCACUAUGGAGGCCGCUACGAAGACCGUUACGACGAGACCAGGUACGGCUCGAAAAGGCUAGAUCAGCGCUUCGCCUCCCAUAAGCCCGGUAGCGGAGGAGUCGCAAGACACCCCGACCGGAUACGGAAAAUGGAAACACAGUACGUGACACAGCGGGCAGAAGUACAGGAUUGUCAGAAAGCGUACCUGCCUUCUAAAGUACUCAAUGCGAACGUCGGCAAGCGCGAUAUCAGUGUCAGAGAGGCAAGUACGGUAUCAGGCAUGACCUUAGAAAGUUCGUACUACGGUGACACGUCUGUGGAAGCCGUGAGUGUGGCUGCCAAGACACUGUCCUCUCCCCCUUGUGCUAGGCGCAAUGGUGCCGGGCACAAUGGUGAAAGAAACAUGUUCAGAGGCGAUGUCGCUUACGCAAAUGUUGACAAGCACAAUGGGGGUGGCGUAGGUCAGAAAUCGAAGAACAGAGGAUACGGCUUGAGCAAGAGCGGUGACAUGUGCAAAGAGAGACCUCUGAACGCAGACGGGACUUCGUCUAAGGGCCAGAGCAAUGGCCGCAGAAAUUCCGUUCAAGAGUCCGAAUUUCUGGCGAUGGGUGCUGCUCCGUUGCAGGCGAAGACUAAGACUCUGCGUGGUGGUCAAAAGGAAAGAGUCAAAAGACUCGAUCCCUCCAGCGCACUUGGAGGUCCGUUCGGCGACGACAUGUCUCUCGAGGCACUUAUGCCAGCCGACGCAAGCCCGACAAAUCUAAAGAAAGACUCGGGGCCCGGUUUUACAGCGUCUAAGGCCACCGCUUUACCUAUGGGCGAGGAAACCAUGUCGGUCAGCUCCCAAAGCUCAGUGGUCGGCGUGCCAGCCCCAGGGUUUCGUUUGAGGCCCUCAGACCACGGUACUCGUAAGGUCCUCCACAAGGGCAUAGGAAAACUGAACAAGGUUGAGGCUAAAAGAGCGAACGCGUUUGCUGAAGAGGACAUCGUUGAAAGGACAGCGACCGAAGAACAGUCCUCCGGGCGCUACGGACAGAACACGUUGUCGAUCGUUGAAGAGCCCGUCGUCGUACCUGCGGUUUCCAUGGAGACCAUGGCUAUCAAAGCCUAUCCUCAUUGCAAGAACGGUAGCGAGGACAUCGUCACCAAAUCUCGGGCUGUCGUCACAGGCGACAGGUACCCAGAAGGCAGAAACAGCUACUACGAACGCGAUAUCGACGCCACUGAUAGAAAAGGUCGCCAUCGGAGGCGGUCUGACGAGAAUCCGGUUGUGGUACCUACUGAGGUGCACGAGGGAUUCGACGGCGAUGUCAACGAGAUCAAGUACCUUCUAAGCAGCAAUAGCAGAGGCGGAAGUGGGCGCAAGCCCGAGAGAACGAGCGAAUACAAGACGGCAAGCAGCGGUGGGCCAUCUUUCCUCCCAUACAGCUCGUCGGCAAGCGGGCAAAGAAAUAGGCCGUUCGUGUUUAAGACGCAACAGGCGACGAAAUGUUGGGACAUGGAGCUCUGGGAAGACGGUCGCGAUUACGAACGCGAUACGACCUUCACAAGUUGCAGGACCGGCGGAUUAGGAAAGCUCUCGUCACAAAGAUGCGAAGGAGGAAAUAGCUCGGACAAGUAUGUGUCAGCAUGUCGCGAACAGGAAGUAGUUCGCGGCCCCGUACACAAUGCCCCGAGACGCCGGAUGAAUGCGGAUAUCGAUCAGCACUUAGAGACAGAAUAUUCAGAUGCGGACAGCGACGAAACUGUAACAGCCGAAGAGCAGCGUGCGGAGGACUCACUCGUCGAAGACGACAACAGUCGAUUUGCGUCGGCGGCUUCGAGGUGGACGGAAGGAGAAGACGACUCGAGAAGGAAGCGGCACCCAGCCCACACGAUUGCCGUCGGCGGGCGAUUCGUACAAGAGUCGACGAGGGUUGAACGGAAAUUUGUUUCCGACUCGGGACGGAGAACGGACGACGAAUAUGUCACCGCAGCCGGCACUAAUGAGUCCUCAUCGUCGGGCAGUGAGAGGGAGGAGAGUUGCUCGAUUGUUACGAGCGAAGCGAGUUUUGGAAGUUAUGACCGGAGACGCGUCGUCGAGGACUUUGACGAUGAGGAAGGAACGACGAGUUUCUCUCCGGCCAAUUCCUGCUGGUGCGCUACACCAGCACUGGAAUCCGGAAGUGACGUAUCAGGAGGCGGCUAUUCGGCCAACGCUCGGCUGGAUUUGCCUGUCAUGGGGAACUUCCGGAGCCGGAGCAACAUUGUCUUGAGAAGGUCCCAUUCGUCCCUUCAUGCAUGCCUUCGAACCCUUCCUCAAGCGGCCCAAAUUCAGGCGGAAAACUCAGUUUUGGUGGUCUUAGGAGGCAUCAAUCCCGAAGACCCAAUGAGAGAGGAUAUGGGGUCUGCUAUGCUUCGUUACCUCUUCGACGACGACGAAUGGGAACUGUGCGACUUCAUGCCCCAGGCCAGGAGCUACCACACCAUUGCGCACGUGGGAAACUGUAUUUACGUUAUUGGCGGCUUCAACCUCGACGCCCUGGAGUACGAAGGGCCGGCACCGUCGGCGUACUGCUUCUGCCUGGACAUCGAGAAGAUGAUGUGGAAGAGUUGCCCCUCCAUGAGCCACGCGAGGGCGUGUCACGUGUGCGUGGCUGUCGGAGAGCGCAUUUACGUCGCCGGAGGCAAAGACAACGCCGGCAGGAUAACGAACACCACUGAAUUUUUUGACGUUGACGCCGGGCGUUGGGUGAGCGUUUCCAACCUCCCGCAACCCUUGAUGGCGUCUGCUGCCGUUCAUUUCAACUCGCGCAUUUGGGUUCUCGGUGGCAUCACCUACUCGACGGCCGGCCGCUGCAAGGUCACGAGCACCAUCUUCGAGUUGGACCUUCAGAACGGCCGCUGGUUCCGGUCGGUGAGCCUAUGGACGCCCCUGGCAUACUCGCUGGCGCUGACCACGACGGACUCGUCCGGCCAACGGCUGUGGCUGUGGGGAGGCAUGGACGAGAACGGCCGCUCGGCGGGCGAGCUGCGCCUGUGGAAGCCAGACCGGCGCGUCUGGAAGGCCACCUGCCGGCUGCAGCGUCCGCUACACGCGUUCUGUGGCGCCGCCAUAGGGGACUUGAUGUGCGUCGUGGGAGGCGCGGAGUCCCGAAGCCAAGCCGCCAGCGACGCCAACACGCUGGUAGAUGUGGCCGCGAGAGAAGUAUACGCUGCCUGCCCUCUUCCGUACCCCUUGACCGGAGCCGGCGCCAUCGUGCUCCCACCUCAGCAACGGCCGUCUUCAUCUCAAACCACGCAGCAGUCGGAUGACGAGAGUACGGACUGGAACACGUACAAUUUGCGCACCGUGUACCGCCGUUAUCGCCAGCGCAAGAAAGUGAAGGAGGACGACGAAAUGACAGAAUCGCAAUUUCCCGCGGUCGGCGUCCACGAAACGACGAGGAUCCUGGACUCAACUUUUGACAGCGCAAGAAUUCGACGCGAGGAAAUUUUAAGGGAAAAGUCGCCAGUACAUGGGACGAAAGAAGAACGCGUCGCUGUGGAACUGCGGGACGACUCGAGGCAGCAGCGAAAGGAGCUGGAAAAAAAGAGGGAGGCAAGGUGCUCGGAAGGGAGGGGCCGCCGGCACUCUUACCAGAUGCUGGCUUCCUCGGUGGACCCCAACCUGGGACUCGCCCUGGUGCUCGAAAACGACAACCACACGUGCAGCACCCCGUACUCGGAUACCGCCGUGGUGAUCGACUCCAUCAGACGGUGCAAAACGAUCUCUUCCGCAACCGCGUGGGGCGUCCUGUCUUUCGGCGGCAUCGAUCUGAAUCGACCGGCUUGCCACGAGAUAGGUCGUUUGGCCUUGUACUUUGGGGCGCUCAAGAAUGGCUGGCAGAUGCUGGACCCAAUGCCCGAGCCGAGGAACUACCAUACGGCGUCUCUCGUGGGCGACGAAGUCUUCAUUGUUGGGGGCUGCGAUCCGAGCCGGACCCGCUGUGACGAGAUGGUGUCCUCGGACUCGGUCUUCUGCUUCUCAACGGGCCAUAUGUCCUGGAGCGAGAGAGCCAAACUUCCCCAGGCGCGAGCUUUUCACGGAGCCGCUGUGGUCGAUGACCAACUGUACGUCGUCGGAGGUCGCGACCAGAGCGGAAGUUACCUCGACACGGUUGUAGUGUACAGCCCUAUGCUGAACGCUUGGUCCGUGCUGCUGAACUUGCCGGUUGCGCUAAUGGGAGCUGCGGUGGUGGCCUACCGAGGGAGGAUAUGGGUGAUCGGAGGAGUAGCACUGGACAGGAGCAGUGCACCAGCGGAUUCUACUGGAGGGCGCCCGCUGGACGAUGUGCUUAUCGUUGACACGCGCCGUCGCAGGUGCUUGAAAGGGCCCUCCCUUCCUUUUCCCUGCGCUUUCGGAGCUGGAGCCGUCAGUGCCAACCAGAUCUGGCUCUGUGGUGGCAUGACUCCAGCCGAGAAAGGGAAACUGAGGAGCACGUGCAACAUCUACGUUCUAGACGACGGUGCCUGGGUGUUCUACGACGUCCUUUCCCUCAACCGGCACGCUUUUCCGGCCGCCAGCUACGCUGACGCGUUUGUGAUGGUGUUCGGAGGCGUCAGCACGAGCUACGAGGGAUCCGUGGACGAGUGCGAGGUGUUCUGCACCGGCCCCAGCCACGGGAACCUCCGGCUUCGCUCUCCCCCGUUCCCCCUCGCCGGCCACGCUUGCGUCGUGCUGCCCCCAAGCGGCGGUGCCGAACCCGACGUUCGCGACAUCUGGCGGCGAAUGUUUGACGCUGCGAAGCGAACGUGACGUUCGCGUUAGCCAGCGUCACUCGAUUUUCAUUACACCACUUCCCGCGA